AUAGUACAUCAAAUAACUUCCAUACACAAACACAUAAAUGAGGAAAUGAUUGAGUGAGUGAUAGUGAGAGGUAGGGAUGGAGGAAACAUAUUAUAGAAAGGAAUAAACAGUUGAAUUAGAGCAAAGGUUAGGUAUAGAUAGCAGGAAAGAAUCCAAAACAGCUAGCUUUUUUGUUAGCAUCAAAGUGGCCAUAACAUAGUCUAAACCAAACAGUACAAAUUUAGGUUUUUUUUUUCCUUUUUUCUUGCAAUAAAGUUUGCAUGGGAUGUGGCUAGAAAUACCACAAAAUCAAACACAAACAAACACAAACACAAGAAGAUAAACAACAUUGAAUGAGUAGUAAUGGGAAGAACCCUUUGUUGUCCCCCUCCCCCCUUACCUUAAGGUCCCUACUUUUUUUCUUCUUUUUAAUUUUCCCAGCAUAUAAAUAAUAAAUCUUUUCUGAACCCCAUUUGAGAUUUGUGAAUGAAAAAUGGAGAGUCAUGAUAAUAACGAGUUGAUUAUGAACAACUCAGUCUAUUGUGAAGGGAAAGGGGAAAAUGGGAUUAUAGAUUUGGGGUUGAGCUUAAGAACUUUGGAGCAGCCAGAAAUGGGAAUUAUGAACUGGGGAGGCCAAGAUCAAGAUUACUAUUGUUGUACUGAUCAGGAAGAAGAUCACACUAAUCAGGUUGUGCAGAGCAAAGAACAACACCAGAAAUGGGCUUAUGUUAAAGUCAAUAUGGAUGGUGUCAUUGUUGGAAGGAAAGUUUGUAUCUUUCAAAAUGCUUCCUAUUCCACUCUUGCCCUUCAACUUGAGGAUAUGUUUGGUCGACAAUGUGAAUCGGGACUGAGGUUGUUUGAAAAUGAUUCUGAAUUCUCUCUAUUCUACAAAGAUGGAGAUGAAAAUUGGAGGAGCGUUGGUGAUGUCCCAUGGAAGCAAUUCGUAGAAGGUGUGAAGAGGCUACGAAUUGCAAGGAAAGAUGAAGCCUUUGUUGUCAUUCAUCAAAAUCAACUUCACAUUUCAUAAACGAUGAAUCCCUCAAAAUCCAACUUCUAAAUGGGAAUUUUAUUUUGUAUUAAGUUGGAGGGCAUCUCACAGUUUCUCUAAUCUAAAGACCUUUAUAACAAUAUCGGUUCUUAUUUUAUUUUCAAUUUACAUCUCGAUAUUUUUAGAGAUGGAGAACCGAACUUUCUACUUCAAGAAAAGGAACGAAUGCCAAUUAUCAAGCUAAGCUUACUUUACUUUUGCAUCUU